AUGGAUUUUGAUGAUGAUAUCAAUAAUAAUCAUUCAAUAGAUGAAAGAAUUAAAUCAUCAGAUAUUGAUGAUGAUAAUCAGUUAUUACCGGAACAACUAACAUCAACAUCUUCUAAUCGUCGAUCUAUUCGUUCGUCAACUAUUCGUCGAAUUCCUGGUGAUAAUGAACAAAUUUUAUCAUCAAACCUAAAUGAACCUGAUCCAAAUGUUUUUCUAAUAUCAUCCGAUACAAAUUCUCAUAAUACAAUACGAAAAACAAAACAUGAUGUUAAACGUUUUGUUAUGUAUAUAGAUGAACAAUUCGGUGAGCAAAUGUCUUUACAUACAAUAUCAGCUGACUCAUUAUGUCGUUAUUUAAAACAUUAUUUUGAAAAUACAAAAAAAUUUGAUGGUACACAAUAUGAACCGGAUACAUUAAGAAGUUUUUUAUUAAGUAUUGAACGUUAUUUAAAAAGUAAAAAUUAUCAAUAUAAUCUCAUGGAAUCACCAAUAUUUCAAUCAUGUCGACAAGUUAUUAAUAAUAAACGUGAAGAAUGGAAAAAAUUAGGUGGAUUAAAUCAAUCAAAACAAUCAUCAUUUAAUUUAUUAAAUACAAAAAAAUUAACGAUAUUUGAUCGAACAAAACCAGAUAGUUUAUUACUUGAAAUUUAUUUACAUAUAAUAAAAUUAUGUAAAUUAUCUGUAACACAAUUACUUUGGGGAGAUAUUUCAUUAAUUGAUGAACAAUAUCUUAUAUGUAAUCAACAAAAAAUUGAAAAUCAAUCAUUUAAACUUUAUGCAACACCGCAUCAUUCUUCAACAUGUCCAAUACAAGCCUAUCGUCUUUAUGCAACUCAUCGACCACCACAAUGCAAUACACCUCAAUCACCUUUCUUUCUUAUACCACGUUCAACAAAUGCUCAUCAUAUUUGGUAUAAAACAACAGCAGCUGGUAAAAAUCUUGAACCCAUACUUCAAAAAGCCAUACAACAUGCUACUCUUUUUAAACAAUCAACAUCAUCUACAACUACUACUACUACAACUACUCUCAAUAAUAAAUCAUCAUCGAUUCUCAAUGGAAAACGAAAUGUAUCACCAACUAAUUUUUUACCCACAGCAAAACGAAUAUCAUCUUUUAAUCAACCACUUAAUCUAUCUGUUACAACAACACUAGAAGAAGAUAGUGGAACAGCAUCAUCAUCACCAACAAAUUCAUUAUCAAAUGAUAUGAUAUCAUCAUCAUCAAUAAAUGAAUCUUCAAGUAAACAAAUAACAAAUUCAAUUUGGGAUGAAAGUAUAACUGAUAUAUUAUUAACUGUUUCAAAACAACGUGAUACACGUACGGUUAAAAUAAAUACAUUACGAACGUAUUUAGAAGAAAAAUUAGGUUUUGUAGAAUUUUUAUGUCUUUAUCGUGGUUUUAAAUCAGAACCAAAAUUAACAUUUCGUGGGACACCAUGGGAACAUUAUCAACGUUUUUUACCUGUUCUUUUCACAUUACUUACACUUGACAAUACAACAGUUUAA